CCGCCCCCUGCACAUAUACCCUGCACGCGCGCGCACACACACACACACACAAACACAUACACACACCCGGCGCGCACAGACAGAUACGCUCCCUCCCUCCGGCGCGCUCUACCACUCGCCCGCCCGCCGCGCACGCAGCCGGCCCGGCUCCCCGCGCUCCGCGCCCCGCGCCCCGCCGCUGCCUAGCGAAGCCGGGCUGGGCUAGGAGCUGCUCAUGGAGAAAGUGCCGGGUGAGAUGGAGAUUGAGCGCAGGGAGCGGAGCGAGGAGCUGUCCGAGGCGGAGAGGAAGGCGGUGCAGGCGACGUGGGCCCGGCUCUAUGCCAACUGCGAGGACGUGGGGGUGGCCAUCCUGGUGAGGUUCUUUGUGAACUUCCCAUCGGCCAAGCAGUACUUCAGCCAGUUCAAGCACAUGGAGGAGCCCCUGGAGAUGGAGCGGAGCCCGCAGCUGCGGAAGCACGCCUGCCGGGUCAUGGGGGCCCUCAACACUGUGGUGGAGAACCUGCAUGACCCCGAGAAGGUGUCCUCUGUGCUCGCCCUGGUGGGCAAAGCCCACGCCCUCAAGCACAAGGUGGAGCCCGUGUACUUCAAGAUCCUCUCUGGAGUCAUCCUGGAGGUGAUCGCUGAGGAAUUUGCCAACGACUUCCCACCCGAGACACAGAGAGCCUGGGCCAAGCUUCGUGGCCUCAUCUACAGUCACGUGACCGCUGCCUACAAGGAAGUGGGCUGGGUACAGCAGGUCCCCAACGCCACCACCCCACCGGCCACGCUGCCCUCUUCUGGGCCAUAGGAUCCUCCUCUCUCCUCCCCCCUCCCUGGCAGCAUCUUGAGCAGAAGGCCGAGUUCUGAAGACCCUCCUUGACCCUCCAUCUCUGGGUGCCAAGGAAGUUGGAGGAAUCCCUGACUCGUCUUCCCGGAAAGAGGCUGCCUCUGCCUGGGCCACAGUCCCCCUGGAGCCACCAGGAGGUGGCCCUGGCUGCCUGGAUGCUGACCCCAGCUCGGUGGUGUGGCGGGUGGCCUGCGGGGGUGGGGGAUCCUCCCUCCUUGAAGAGCCGGGCACACCCUUCUUAGCUUUUCUACUCACUGUUAGAGACCUAGCUGAACAGCUGGCAGGAAUCAGGGGCCGGUCUUUGAGUCGCUCGAGGAACACACCAGCCCUGUUUCUAUCUGCCUGGCUAGCAUGCAGGUCUCCACAUCACUCACCUAGUACCACACACACACGUCUACCGUAUUUACAGAUAUAUUCUAUAUACAACCUAUAUAAAUCUCUCUAUAUACACAUACAUAUCUAUACGGUGUAUCAGUGGGGCCCAGAGGCACAUGUUAAGCCUCGGUUCUGCCCACCGAGGGGUUCUGGUAGCUUCUGGGCAGAGAACAGAGUGUUGUGGCAGAGAUGACAGGGGCCCCACAUCAGCACAGAGAGGACCCGGGCCUGCAUGGGCAGGGUGGGGGGGACCCAGUUUGCCAGCAAAGCCCAGCCCAUCCUCUCUGACUAGCUCCCCACAUUCCUGCUUUCCACUUCAGGCAAAAAGGAUUUGCCUCUCCCUACCUCUACCCUCCACAGAAGGAUGCGGCUCCCUGACUUGCCUUGAAAUGGGCAGACAGAGGGGCCAGGCGUUCUGGACAGGAUCACGGCACUGGGGGGAGGGGGUAAGGUCAAGAAACCUCAAGCGCCAACUCCAUCCGCCUUUGCCACUAGGACAGCCCUGGCCAGAGCGGGAUCCAGGCUGCUGUCAGCCGGGCAGCCAUGACAGGACCAGAUGUCUCCAUCUCAUCCUGGAGCUCUGGGGGCCGAGGGCCUUCCCUCCCCCGCCCCUCCUGACUACGGCCCGGCGCUCAGCCUGUCCAUCCACCUAGGUCAUGUUGCUGGGGAGCCCCCUGUGUGCCCCCUGGUCACGUGUAUCGUCCUCAAGGAUGUUUCGCUGCUGUGGCGACUGUGCCUGUGUCCCCCGUCCCAUCUUCGUGCAGCCAUCCGUGUAACUGCCUGUCCACCUUUUGUAGUUUCUGAUGUUUGUAACCAGACCCAGCUGUGUCAUUAAACAGACUCGUUCUUCCUGGGUCUGUGCACGCUCA